UAGUACUUCCGCAAAUUUUGUUGUCAGUACAGUCGUCCGUCAUUCUUCUCUGCUGUGCUGGGUGCUAUUCUGUGAAGGGUUGAGUCAAGAUAGAAGAUUAUCUGAACUUAUUUAUAUCGUUGUCAACGGAUUUUGACGCCCGCCACACUGACUUGUAUAACCUUAUCAAGGUGUUGAGAUCUCAUAUAAAAAUACAAAGAAAUGAAUGUGGGUGUAGCACACAGUGACAGCAACCCCACACACUCCUACCUCAACAGCAAGGGGAUAUGGCUCACAUACCUGCUGCUGGUGUUUGGAGUCCAUUUGCUGUUGCUUUCUGUCCCUUUCUUCUCUGUGGCUGUUGCCUGGACACUCACCAAUGUUCUUCAUGAUCUUAGUAUGUUUGUGAUGCUCCAUGUGACCAAGGGCACUCCUUGGGAAGCAGCUGACCAAGGUGCUGCCCGCACAGAGACACAGUGGGAACAGCUGGACUGUGGGGAGCAAUUCACUUCCACCAAAAAAUUUCUCACAACUGUGCCAGUGGUCCUGUUUUUCCUGGCCAGCUUCUACUCCCGCUAUGACAAGUAUCAUUUUGUGAUCAACGCUGGUGUUCUUGCCCUCAACUUAAUCCCCAAGUUGCCACAAUUCCACAAAGUCCGCCUGUUUGGCAUUAACAAGUACUGAGCUCAUCAGUCUUGAUUUUCCCAUUGGUAUUUUAUUAUUUGUUUGUGAAAAACUGGAGUAUUUUUUUUUUGUGGGUUUUUUUCCCAGUACAGUAUAAGGUUUAGCCAGAAGACUACUGAAGUCUCUGGAAAGAUAUCUCAGAUAUUCCUAAAGUGUGGGUGCCCAUGGUUGAACAUUUGCCAUUUUAUUUGAUAAACUUGCAAUCAUUUUGUCUCUGUGUUUAGAAUGCAGACACUAGUAUUACAAAUUUCAAUGUUCAUUGCAGAUAUUGAUCAGUUCCUUUUCUCCCUUUUUCUUCAAUUCUUCAUGCAAACUGAUAAUGAAAUUAUAUAUAUUUGGUCCACUGGUCAUGUGAAAUGUGCUGAUGAUGUCUCACAGUAUUUGACAAAUCGUUUUGUUUUAAUUUAUUUUGCUGUAAAGAAGCUUGUUUCUUAUUUUUAUUUUUUUUGUCCGAAAAUUUGAAACAAAAA